AGGGAAAGGCAAUCGUGCCCGGAUCCAGGAUUUAUUUCUGAUGGGGAAAGGGCGCAUGGUGAUGGAUCCUCAGCAUCUUAUCCUGAAACUUUUCAAGAAGGAUCAACAGUCGUCUACUCUUGUACUCGACGUGGUACAUUUCUUGAAGGCCGCCCUAUGCUGACUUGCUUGCCAGAUGGUUCAUGGUCAUUCCCACUCCCUCGUUGUGUGAGACCUUCAGAAACCUGUCGUUGCCAAAAUGGUGGCAGCUGUGACGAGCGUGGAAACUGCAUAUGCCCUCCACGAAGGACAGGAAUUUACUGCGAAACCAUAGUGCGAGAAAGACAGUCAUGUCCGGAUCCUGGAUUUGUUUCUGAAGGGGACAGAAUGAACAGUGAUGGAACUCCAGCAGCUUAUGCCAGAAGUUUCCGGGAAGGGGAGUCGGUUGUCUACUCUUGCAAUCGGCCAGGAUAUGCUCUCCAAGGUUCCAGUCUUUUGACUUGUCUGUCAGAUGGCACGUGGUCUGCUUCACGACCUCGCUGCGUACGUCCUUCAGUCGGGCAAAAUAUGUGCCGUAAUCCAGGAACCAUAUCCAAUGGUCAGCGACUAAAUACUGAUGGCAGUCCCUCUGUCGGGACAGAAAGGUAUAACUCUGGACAGUCUGUAGUAUACACUUGUUUUUCUGGAUAUGCCCUUGAAGGAUCCAGUAUACUGUCUUGUUUGUCGUCUGGACAGUGGUCUAGUGCCAGGCCUUAUUGCAGACUCAUUAGCAGCCCUCCUACUACGACCAGUACUGAGAGCCCCAGAUCUGAUUUAGUUUUCUGCCCCGAUCCUGGGACAGAUCCUAAUGGGGAACGAGAGAUUCCUGUAUCUGUGGAUCGCCGAACAAAUACUUUUCCCCAAGGCAGCCAGCUCAGUUAUUCCUGCAAAGAUGGUUACGAAUUACAAGGGGAAGAAUUUCUGUUCUGUUUACUGACUGGAGAAUGGUCUUCUUCCGCUCCAACAUGUGAGCAGAUACCUCGUUCAUCAGGUUCCGAUGGUGAAUUGGUAUACUGUGAAAAUCCUGGCCCAAUUUCCAAUGGACGUGCGGUUAUGUUCUCUGAUCUAGACGCACGCCAAAGACCAGAAGAAUUGACUGAUCCAGAAUAUCCAGAAGGAACUCGCAUCAGAUAUUCCUGCGAAGAAGGAUUUCUUCUGCGAGGAGCAUCUACUCUGCUAUGUGAAGACACUGGAUUUUGGUCUGCGGACCCUCCUUCCUGCUUUGGAGACUGUGGGCGUAAUUUUCUAGAAACUACUCGUCGCAUCCUCCACGGUACAAAGACAGUUGCAGGAGAAUGGCCCUGGACGGUAGCUGUUGCGGCUGAAAGGAAUGGUGCUCCUCUGUUAAUUUGCGGGGGCGCUCUGUUAAAUAGAAGAACAGUUCUAACAGCAGCCCACUGUUUGGAUAGCUCAAGGCGAUUCAUUCUGUACUUCGGCAAAUACUAUCGCAGAAAUAGUGAAGAUGAUCCUGAAGUUGUCAACAGAACGAGUACCCAAGUAAUCAUUCAUCCUAACUACGAUAAUGAGACUUAUGACUCGGACAUUGCAGUUAUAAGAUUUAAUCCCAGCAUUGCUUUUACGGACAGAAUCCAGCCUAUCUGCCUUCCUACACCGGAAAGUACAGCAGCUAAUUUAGUUAGUGGAAAAAGAGGAUUUGUGACAGGUUGGGGACUUACCGAAAAAUUCCUUCCCUCUGAUGAGCUUUUAAUGGCUAAUCUGCCCGUACUUUCCAAUGAUGCUUGUAUGGACGCCUAUGCAAAUCAAAAUCUUCCUGUACAGAUCCGAAAUGGCAUGUUCUGCGCAGGAUUCGAAGAAGGUCGUUCAAGUGUCUGUACAGGAGACAGUGGAUCUCCAAUGGUAUUUUAUGACGGAAGAAGCACAAGGUACAUUAUUGAAGGACUUGUGAGUUUCGGUGUAAGUGGACAAUGCGGAUUGCCUGGUAGAUAUACAGUAUUCACAAGGGUUUCAGAGUUUUUACCCUGGAUAAUUAGACAGAUGGCUUCUUAAAGAAAGCUAUUACUAAGACUCAAACAAAUUUCAUAUUCCUUGACACAUGCGAGAUAUUAUUUAUGAGUAACUGUGUAAAAUGGGCAUUAUUAAUGUAUAGAGCACAGAUUAUUCGUUCAAACUCAUGCAGACAUUUCUAAUCAUAAAUAACAUUUUAAAUUAUUAUUACUAUACUAUAUGCUAUUUUAAAGAUAACGAUUAAAUAUACACUUAGUUGUAUAGUAUGUACUGUACGUAAGUCAAUAACCAUGUUAAUCAAACAAGAAAUCGAAGUUAAUGAUUAAAAAAAUCAUCUUCAGACUGAUGUCAUUUCGAGUGUGAUGUAUUAUCUUAAACCAAAUUAUAAGUUAAAAAAAAUCAUUUAUUUUUUCAGUCAUACCUCUUCCGCAGCUUUAAAUAUUUCUUAACUAUAUUAACAGCUAUAGCUUUUUUGAUCAGAAUUUGAAUUGAACUCAUUUUACAAUUUAGUUUAAUUCAAAUUUAAGAAUAGCACUUUUCGGCAGAGUUUAUAAAUUAAUCAUUUGAUGUAAUUUCAAUAGUGCAUGAAAUAUUUUUAACGUAUAAUUAUAAAUAAUUUAAUAUGUAAUUAUGUAUUUAAGUAACGGCUAUGAAUUUCUAUUUCUUCUUUUUGUUACUACACAGAAAAGCCCCUUAAAUUAUUAUUUGAAGAACAGUUUUUUAAAUCUUUCUAGUCCUUUAUUCGAAUUUCGUAUAAAUACAUAUUUCAAAAUAUGUGAUCAUAUUUAUUUGAAUAUAUAAUUAUUAAUUAUUAAUGGUGUUAUGAUAUGUGAUUUUAAUUAUUUCACAAUAUGUGACCAUACAUAUUUCAUAAUAUGUGAUCAUAUUUUUAUAAUAUAUAAUUAUUAAAUUAUUAAUGGUUCAUGAUAUGUGAUUUUAAUUAUUUCACAAUAUGUGAUCAUACCUAUUUCAUAAUAUGUGAUCAUUAUUUCAUAAUAUGUCAUCAAUAUAAUCUAUAAUAUGUGAUCAUAAUUAUCAGAAUACUUAGUGCUUUUGUAUAUUAUUUAUUGGAUAAUGAUUAAACCUGUUACUAGUUUUUA